UGUUUGUUACGUCUUCACGUCUGGUUGCUGCUGCUGCUAAAAAUACUAUUCGAGAUUUCGAGAACUUUGUUUUUUCUGUGGCAACCGAGUCUCCAAUACGAUUUCGAGAACUUUCUGACAUCCCUAAACGCAUGGAAAAUAUUUGACAUUGACAUUAGAACUUAAAAUGAUGUAAGAAAAAAUAUUGAGCACUAUCUGUGCUGUGCCAUAGCUGUGGCCUCUCAUUCAUUCAUUGUCAUUUGUCAAUACUCAAUAGCACAACGGGUUAUGUUUCAGAUUAUUAAUUAAUUCUUCUUACAGUAGCAAUCAUAACGAACGGAGGUGUCUAUUUAGUUAUGUAGUAAUUACGAGGUUAAUGAUGUCGAGAAUUAGAGGAAUAGUUCAAAAAGAUGCGUUGCAGGCACCAAAGUAUAAACAUAACGAAAUUCUCAAAAAGAAAAACGAAGAUCAAUCAGCAAAUUCGAAAGAUGAGAUAGAAAAACAUCAAAUAAAUGAACUCUUACACAAAUUGCCAAGAUUGGAUAAAAUAUUUGAGGUUCACCGCAAAAUUGGUGAGGGUACAUUUAGCUCAGUAUACCUCGGGUCUCUACGGCAGCAUGCCUCCCUCUCCAAUGAUGAGAAGCGAUGGUUCGCUAUCAAACACCUGGUACCCACUGCACAUCCAGCUAGAAUUGAACAUGAAUUGCGCUGUCUACAGGAUAUUGGAGGCAAAGAGCAUGUCAUCGGAGUGGAGCUCUGUCUGCGGAACUUGGAUACUAUAGUUUUCAUAAUGCCUUAUAUACCUCAUAGAAAAUUUUCAGAAUAUGUAGGUGAAAUGGAUGCAACGGAGCUACGGCAGUACAUGCGAGCAUUGAUGGUGGCCUUGCGACAUGUGCAUUCCUUCGGGGUCAUCCACCGCGACGUCAAGCCCAGCAACUUCUUGUAUGAUCGAGAUAACAAACGAUAUUUGCUAGUCGAUUUCGGGCUAGCACAGCGCCUUUGUCCUGCACCUGAAGGAACGCCUAUGAUCGGCCCACCCCCAGCACACUCUAAUGGCGUACGGAAACGAACGCGUGAUGAGGAGGACGGGCCAGCUGCUAAGCGGGUGGCGCUCGACCUGAGUAUGGGCUCACCAGCGGCGACGGGGACUGCGACCAUUGCGGCGGCGGGACCAGAGGUAGCGGCGGCGGAGCCCAGGCCGGGGGCAGCGGGGUCCCGACCGGGGGCUACGGGGUCCCGGCCGGGGAUGUCGGGACCCAGGCCAGGUACUGUCGGGUCCAAGCCAGGAGCGGUAGGUCCCAGGCCUGGGCGCUGCCCGUGCGCCGGAGUGGCGGGCGUAUGUGACAUGUGCUCGGGACGGGCCGCGCCCCGGGCGCCGCGGGCGGGGACCCAGGGGUUCAGGCCGCCCGAGGUGCUGCUGAAGUACCCGCACCAGACCACGGCCGUGGACGUGUGGGCGGCGGGGGUGGUGUUGGCCAGCGCUUUAACGGCACGGUAUCCAUUCUUCCGCGCGAGCGACGACGUCGCCGCCCUGGCCGAGCUGGCCGACCUCGUCGGCACAGAGCCGCUGCAACGUGCCGCCGCGUCUCUGGGGCGGCGCGUGGUGUCGUCGAGCGCGCGGCGCGGCGUGUGCCUGCGCGCGCUGGCCGCCCGCCUGCGCGGCGAGCCGCUGCGGCGCGCGCCCUGCGUCUGCCGCCGCGAGUUCUGCCUCUGUCCCGAUCGCAUCAAAAAGGCGGAGGAGUGGGACCCGCGGCGCAGUGUGGCGGGGUUCCCGGACAGUGCGUUCUCGCUGGCCGCGCGCUUGUUGGACCCGGACCCGCGCACGCGCAUCUCUGCGCACGACGCACUGGCGCACCCCUUCCUGGCCGCCGCCGACUGACGCCGCCCACUGCACGGAACGCUCCCGUCUCAUGUUACGAUGAUGUUAUACUUUUUCAAGUUUAGUAGGUACCUAACGAUCUCCUAGAAUCGACGGGUCUUAACCGAGGACUGUCUACCUUUAAUAUUUAUUUUUGUUUUUUUUAAGCAUUAUGGUUGUGAAUUGACUUCAUAUCGAUUACUAUGCGUCCUAAGAGAUGUUAUAGGACACAAUACGAAUUUACUGUAGAUCUUGUCAGCCAUUUAACUUGGAGUAAAAUGUUUGACGCCAGUUGCGUGAACAGUUAACUUGAAAAUAAUAAAAGUGGCGUACAAAAUGGAUACAGUUACAGUGCCUUCCACGAGCGUCUGUGGCGCGUAGGUAUCUACAAGUGUCGCAUAUGUUCGGCGAAUAGAUUUCAUUGUUGAUUAGUUAUAAUGGGGAUCUCAAAAGUAAACAUAAGUUUCAUAUCGAGUACAAAGUAGUGAUAAGAAGUGGCGUGCUAUGCUAUGUAGCGACGCGGCUACGGGGUUUAUACAGAUAUCUGAUAGUACAACAUAAUAUUGUUAUUUACAAAUUUAGAAUAACAAUUUUUGUUUAAGAGUCCAUGUUUACGCCGUUUUAGUCACGGAACACAUGAAGUAAGUGAAGGUAGGAACUUUGACAGUAGUUGCCAGUAGUUGCCCCGUGUUUGAGCUGAUUAACUUGUAUUAACCCCUGGUAAUGCCCCUGCCGGAACGUAGAUAGACGCGAGACACAAUGCGUUUUCUAUUGUGCCUCACAUACCGACGGAUAAGUAGAUGUUAAUGAGAAAUUCGCACCCAUGUACGAUAUUAAUUAAGAUUGUUGUGUAUAGAUGAAAUGAAAUAAAAUGUCGGUUGUACGUUGAAGGUAAUAGGAGUAACAAGUCUGUGUAGCCUUGUACUAAAAACUGCGAUUAAAAAACCAAAAGGUAAAAUGAAAAUAAACACCUAUUACUUAUUAUUAUUAGUCAUUAUGCACUGAUAUGUUACCCAGUUAACCCGCCCACGGAUAGUUUAGAAGUCGAUGCCACAAGCCCAUAGCAAAAUAUAACUUUAUGGUCACAGGAAUAAUCUGUAAUAAAAUUAUAAACAUACAAGUUAAGGUUUUAAUGAAUAAUUUUGUUUAGAACGUAUGGCACCGACUUCUAGCCCGUAAGUGGGUGAGUAACCUGUCGGUGCAUCAUGACCAUCCAGGUAUUUGUGUGCACACAGUUACACUACAUCUUGCGUGAGCGAUAUAGAAGCGAACGCAAUUAUGAAGCGGCGACAGUGGACACGCGGAUACAAUGCGAUGCGGUGCGACGCGGCGGCAUUGUCCUACGUGCAUGCGAAUCGUUUCGUUUUUGUUUCCGACUGUCAUAAUUAGAUGGCGUGCUGUCACAUUUUUGUUUGGUUCUAAUGACGACGAUUCGCUUGCACGUAGGACUUGCCGCCGCGUCGCACCACAUCGCAUUGAAUUCACGUGUCACCGCUUUAUAAUCGCGUUCGCACGCAGGACGUUAGCGUUGGAUCGGUGUGUGGAUGGUGUGGUGACCCGUAAUAUGUGAAGGGUGAACUUGCUCAGACAUAAUUCAAGAUUCAAUGCAAUUAUACUGAGAAAUUUAAAAAAUUUGGGACACCUGUUUCGGCAUUCGCACUAGCUUUUUAUAUUUGUUAUUCUUAUAAAGAUAAUGACUAAUAAUAAGUAGGUAACCGAUAUUUUUCGCUUUGUAGUUCUUAUUUUACCUUUUGUGCCUUAGGUUUGGUUUUUCUCAACUUACAUUUUGUCUAAUUUUAACCUAUUCGUGUAGGUAUUUAAUAAGUAUUGGCGGUUUCACUGUAUUAUGUGUUCCGUGGCUUUAUUUAUUGAAAACGUUUACCUUUACAUGUGCCUUUAAUGUGUUCAGAGAAUAUUUGUUAUGUUACCUCAUUGUAUACAAACUAUAAUAAAGUAUUACUGAAACAAUCAAUAUUGUUUCCACUACACCUA